UGAAACAUCACUGGGAGCAGACGUAUUCUUUGUUAGGGAUGAUGUCGUACCUGAAAGUAAUGAUCAUAUGGAACAUACUUUGCAUAUCCCUGGUGAUCCUUUCACUGUCCUUGAUUCAAGAAGUGGCUUCUGAAGAUUUAUCAAGCUGUACAGGGAGAUGUGGGGAAGGGUAUUCUAGAGAGCAUGACUGCCACUGUGAUUUUAGCUGUCAACACUACAUGGAGUGCUGCCCUGACUUCAACAAAGUCUGCACAGUGGCACUCUCCUGCAAAGGACGUUGCUUCGAAUCCUUUGAAAGAGGAAGAGAGUGUGACUGUGAUGCAGACUGUGAAAGAUAUGGCAAAUGUUGCCCAGACUACGCGACACACUGUAAAGAGGCACACGCAGAAAAGACAACACCUAAGACUCCUCCACCAAACAAAUCAACAUCUAAAAGGUCAUCCACAAAUGAGGAGAAGCAGACAGAGGAAGUAACACAGCCCCAUGAAGUUAUGGAAGAUUCUCCCACCACCCCCAAACCUGAAGGCACAACCCCUGCUGCCACAGAGGCACCAACGACCAGGACAGAUUCUCCCACUAUCGCUAAGGUUGAAGAAACAACCCCUGAGGUCACAGAGGAACCAGUGACAGAAACAGACUAUCCCACAACCGCCGAAGCAGAAGAGCCAACCCCUGAGGCCACAGAGGCACCAACAACCAAGCCAGACUCUCCCACAACCCCAAAAGCUGAAGACACAACCCCUGAGGCCACAGAGGAACCGAUGACUGAGGCAGAUUCUCCCACCAACCCCCCAGAAGAAGAAGAGGAAACUGCAGUGCCCACAGAGGCACCAACGACCAUGGCUGACUCUCCCACCACCCCCAAACCUGAAGAGACAACCCCAGAGGCCACAGAGGCACCAACAACCAAAGCAGACUCUCCCACCACCCCCAAACCUGAAGACACAACCCCUGAGGCCACAGAGGCACCAACAAUCAAGCCAGACUCUCCUACGACCCCAAAAGCUGAAGAUACAACCCCUGAGGCCACAGAGGAACCGAUGACUGAGGCAGAUUCUCCCACCAACCCCACAGAAGAAGAGAAAACUGCAGUGCCCACAGAGGCACCAACGACCAUGGCUGACUCUCCCACCACCCCCAAACCUGAAGAGACAACCCCAGAGGCCACAGAGGCACCAACAACCAAAGCAGACUCUCCCACCACCCCCAAACCUGAAGACACAACCCCUGAGGCCACAGAGGCACCAACGACUGAAGCAGAUUCUCCCACCACUCCCAAAGCUGAAGAGACAACCCCAGAGGUACCAAUGACUGAAGCAGAAUCUCCCACCACCACAAAACCUGAAGACACACCCCCCGAGGCCACAGAGGCACCAACAACCGAGGCAGACUCUCCCACGACACCAAAAGCUGAAGACACAACCCCUGAGGCCACAGAGGAACCAACAACCAAGGCAGACUCCCCUACCACCCCCAAACCUGAAGACACAACCCCUGAGGCCACAGAGGCACCAACGACUGAAGCAGACUCUCCCACCACCCCCAAAGCUGAAGAGACAACCCCAGAGGCACCAACAACUGAAGCAGACUCUCCCACCACAAAAGCUGAAGAUACAACGCCAGAGGCCACAGAGGCACCAAUGACUGAAGCAGACUCUCCCACCACCCCCAAAGCUGAAGAGACAACCCCAGAGGCACCAACGACCAAGGCUGACUCCCCCAUCACCCCCAAAGCUGAAGAGACAACCCCAGAGGCACCAACAACUGAAGCAGACUCUCCCACCACCACAAAAGCUGAAGAUACAACGCCAGAGACCACAGAGGCACCAACGACUGAAGCAGAUUCUCCCACCACCCCCAAAGCUGAAGAGACAACCCCAGAGGCACCAACAACUGAAGCAGACUCUCCCACCACCACAAAAGCUGAAGACACAACACCCGAGGCCACAGAGGCACCAACGACCAAGGCCAACUCCCCCACCACCCCAAAACCUGAAGAGACAACCCCAGAGGCACCAACGACUGCAGCAGAUUCUCCUACCACACCAAAACCUGAAGAGACAACCCCAGAGGCACCAACGACUGAAGCAGAAUCUCCCACCACCCCCAAACCUGAAGAGACAACUCCAGAGGCACUAACGACCAAGGCCAACUCUCCCACCACCCCCAAACCUGAAGACACAACCCCUGAGGCCACAGAGGCACCAACGACCAAAGCAGACUCUCCCGCCACCCCCAAACCUGAGGACACAACCCCAGAGGCACCAACGACCAAGGCUGACUCCCCCACCACCCCCAAACCUGAAGACGCAACCCCAGAGGCACCAACGACCAAGGCUGACUCCCCCACCACCCCCAAAGCUGAAGACACAACCCCAGAGGCACCAACAACUGAAGCAGAUUCUCCUACUACCCCCAAAGCUGAAGAGACAACCCCAGAGGCACCAACGACUGAAGCAGAAUCUCUCACCACCCCCAAACCUGAAGACACAACCCCUGAGGCCACAGAGGCACCAACGACCAAGGCUGAUUCUCCCACCAUCCCCAAAGCUGAAGAGACAACCCCAGAGGCACCAACAACCAAAGCUGAUUCUCCCACCACCGCCAAAGCUGAAGAGACAACCCCAGAGGCACCAACAACCAAGGCUGACUCCCCCACCACCCCCAAAGCUGAAGAGACAACCCCAGAGGCACCAACAACCAAAGCUGAUUCUCCCACCACCCCCAAAGCUGAAGAGACAACCCCAGAGGCACCAACAACCAAAGCUGAUUCUCCCACCACCCCCAAAGCUGAAGAGACAACCCCAGAGGCACCAACAACCAAGGCGGACUCUCCCACCACCCUUAAAGCAGAGGAGGCAGACGCAGACUCUCCCGCCACCCCUGAAGUCAAGGAGACUACCGCUGUAGCCACUGAGGCUGACACCAUUGCCACACAGAAAACAACACCCAUUGUACUCACUACCAUCGCUGGAUUAGUAACAACUGCUAAAGAAGACACAACCACUCAAAGCAGUGGGGCAGUCACAACUGAAGCAGACACAGCUGUUUCACAAACAACAGCAGAAAAGAAAAUUACAACUCCUACAGCCAAAGUAGCAACCAGCACAACUGCAAAAGACACAGCUACAGCAGCACAAAGGACAGUAGUCACUGCAGCUAGUGCUACUGAGAUUGUAACAGUAACUGACAAAAAUGACAAAACAACAGCUAAAACUGUUACUACUCCUAUAACCGAAGAGCCGACCACUAAAAUAGAGACAACCACGGUGAACAAAGAGAUAACAAAACCCAAGAAAGACAAAACUACUGUGCUUAAAGACAUUUUAACAAGUUGGAAAGACACAAUUACUGUAACUACAGUGAUAACAGCCAAACCAGAUGACUCUCCUAAAGGUAAGGAUGAUACUCCAAAUACAACUCCUACUGCCAAGCCAGCUGUCACUACAGCAGCUGAAUCAGAAACAAUGUCUGUGGACAAAACUACUGCAACCACAGCUGCAGAAAACCAAGCAACCUCAGCUAAACAAGACAAGACUCCCAUACCAAAAGAGACUUUAACAGCUAAAAAAGAAGAAAGCCCUGUGGGAACAGCAACUGUAACAACAGCAGCUACAACUCCCAUGCCCAAGCCUACUGUGUUGACAGCAACUGCCAAAACAGAUUCAACUCCUAAACCCAAGGAGAUUGUGACAACAACUAAAAAAGACACAACUACAGAAAGUAAGCAGCCUGUAACAGCUGCAGCUAAAGAGACCUCAGUUCCUACUUGUGGUGUUGUAGAGACAGUAACAGGUGGUAAAACAGAGGUAACGACCAUCAAAGAAACUAGCCUCACACCUGAAAAAGAAAUGGAAGAUGCUACUGAGAAGGUCCCUAAUAUUGACAAGGGAGAGGAAACUACAGUUACCAAAGAAACUGCUACAAGAGAGAAAAAAGACACAAUAGAAGAGAUGUUUAUUGUUACUAAAGGGACAGACAAGCCAACUGUACAUUUCCAGGAAGUUACUGACACGAGAGAUGAGCCUCAUCCAUCCGAGCCUGAAACUCUGCCAGCAAAAGAAGAGCCUGAGAUAAUCAACAAGCCUUUAAUACACACUGCGGACCUGCCAAUUUUAACUGGAGAAACACAAGCCGACAAGGACCUGUGCAGCGGCAAGCCGGCGGACGGCAUGGUGGCCCUGCAGAACGGCACCCUGGCCGUCUUCCGAGGUCACUACUACUGGCUGCUGAACGGCAGGAGCCCGCCGACCACCAACCCCCGCCGGAUCAGCGACGGCUGGGGCAUCCCAUCCCCCAUCGACUCCGUCUUCUCCAGGUGCAACUGCGACGGCAAGACCUUCUUCAUCAAGGGUCCCCUCUACUGGCGCUUCACUAACGGUGUUAUGGAUAAAGGCUAUCCCAAACCUCUUGCGAAUGGAUUUGCAGGCCUAAGUGGGAAAAUAGUCGCAACCCUCCCUGUGGCAAGAUACAACAGCAGACCAGAAUCUGUUUAUUUUAUCAAAAAAGAUGGCAACAUGCAACAGUAUGUGUACAGACAAGAACCAGCCAAGAAGUGUCAGAGAAGAACCCAUGUUACCAUAAAAUACCCAGCUUUUGUCCCAAGACUUGUAAUAAGGAGACGCUUCCAACGAGCAGCAAGAAUGCCAACCGUUAUUCAGAGUGUCAGAAUCAACCCAUAUCCAUCUGGAGUUUUGCGUAAGGAAAUCAAAAUGACUACCUACUGGAGAGGGCUCCCCAAAGUAAUUCAUUCAACUAUAUCACUACCCAACCACAAUAAGCCCGACGGCUACGAUUAUUAUGCCUUCUCUUACAAUCGGUACUACAGUUUGGAUGUUGGCAAAAGAAUAGCAAGACCUGUUACUGCUCUCACAGGAAAGACUGUAUCCAAAGACUGGUACAACUGUCCUAGCAAGUGAUGCACAGCAGAGGAUUUUAAAAAAAAGAUGCCAU